GUUCUACAUUAGCAAUAUAACAAAUUCGUUAAGAAAUGUUUAAAAAUACGAACGUUUGGAAAGGGUAUUACUCUGAUGGAAAUUUAAUUAACUCGGAAUCUAAUGAUGCAUUCAGAGUUGCAAACCGACAGUUUUCAGCUAUUCAUAUCUUUUGAUCAAGAUGGCACACUCUUUUUUCUCUUCGGAAUGUAAACAACUAAAAAAACAACUACUUGGGGAUACGCAUUUCAGCCAAGGUCAACGUAAACGUGUUGUUGUGAGCAUCAUUUCACUGUUUAUUGCUAACCCUAUGUCAGGAGUGUGUAUAUACUGUAAUGCUGGAAACUUCAGGUAUCGUUUUUGUUGAUUGCUCAGUAUUUUCAUCGUUUUCCUUCAGAAAAGAAAGAAGAAUCGCCGUCGAUUUUCAUUAACAAAUUGAGUAAAUGUGAAUUGCUUGACGGACCUUGAGAAGGACAGUAAAAGAUGGAACUUAGAAAAACAGUGGAACCGGACCUAACAGAAAAAAGUUCAUUUAAAGUAGAGGAUACUGAACACGAAAACCAGUAUCAACGAUACCAGACAAGGAAACGUAACCGGCCAAUCGUCGCGUGUGGGUUAAUCAUGAUUGGUUUAACAUUCAUUAUUUGGCUUGUUGCCAUGACGACUCCAGGCUGGCUUGUUGUGUAUAUCAGAAAUAGGUUAUUUCCUUCCGGGACGAGCUUUACAAUGAGUAUAUUUUAUUACGUCACCUGUGAAUCUACAAGGACAUGUGACCUUACUGCUCUUUCCUGGAACAGCGUAGAUCCAAAUUCUUACCCAUCAAACAAGCCCUCUAUAAGUGAGAUGCAGAUUGUGGGUACCUUUGCUAUGAUUCUAUGCGGGGCUGUGUUUGUGCUGGAGUUAUUGAACUUUAGAGUAUUUAUACUCCAUCCAUCUAAAACAGCAACAAGUGCAAUUUUGAUGUUAGUAGCAAUUAUAGGAGAAAGUGUACUCAUUGGUAGAAUGGGACAUAUGGUAACGCAAGUGAAAGACAGAUUUAAAGAACUGCACCGCUCAGAUAUAGCUGAUCUUGAAAGAAUAUUCAGAGAAGAGGAUAUAACGGAAAUGGUUUCGUUUUUAGUGUACCGGGUUGAGUUUCCGUAUUCAAUUUUUAUUGCCUCUCUGGGUGUCCUUACUGGAAUCCUUGCCUUCGUCUCAGUCGUCAUCGUGUUUUACCGGAACAGGAAAUCACAACUGAAUGAUACGGUUGCAGAUAAUCCAUGUACAUUUAAGUCUACCUCAUAAAUUUGGAAUUUUU